AUGUCUAUUAAUCAAUUAACUCAAGAACAAUGGGAUGAUUUAUUUCAUAAAUAUAAAUCAUUACGUGAAUCAAAUAAUAUUGCAUGGGAUGAUAUAAAAAGUGCAUUAGAAUUAGUUGGUGUCUCUGUUGCUGGUCAUGAAAUAAGAGAUUUAUUAGGACAACAAAGAAAUUGGCUUAAUCCAGAUGAAUUUCAUGAAUUAUAUAAAAAAGCUAAAGAUAUGAAAGAUACAACAAAAGCUAUUAGUAAAGCAUUAUUAUUAAAACAUGCUGAAGAUGUUAAAUCAUUUACUGUUGGUAAAAAUGAUACUGAUACUCGACAUUCAGUUAGUAAAGCAGAAGAACGAGGUUUUACACUAUGGAUUAAUAAACGUUUGGGUCAUGAUAUAGAAUUACAAGAUGGUAUUCUACCAGUUGAUCCAUCUGUUGAUGGACAAUUAUAUCAACGAUGUAAAAAUGGUAUAUUAUUAUGUAAACUUGUUAAUGUGGCUAGUCCACAUACUAUUGAUGAACGAAGUAUUAAUAGAGGACCUAGUUUAAAAAAUGUUUUUAAUGUUCAUGAAAAUCUUACAUUAGCUGUCAAUUCAGCUGCUUCUAUUGGUUGUUGUGUAGUAAACACUGGUCCAGAAGAUAUUAUGCAAGGUAAACGACAUAUUGUACUAGGAUUAAUUUGGCAAUUAAUACGUCGUGGAUUAAUCGAUACAAUUACAUUAAACAAACAUAAAGAACUAAUAGCAUUAUUACAUGAUGGUGAAACUGCUGAAGAUUUAUCUACAUUAAAACCAGAAGAAUUAUUAAUGCGUUGGGUGAAUUAUCAUUUACAUCGUGCUGGUUGUGAUAGACGUAUUACAAAUUUUAAUACAGAUUUAGCUGAUUCAGUUGUUUAUGCACAUUUAAUGGAACAAAUUGUACCAAUUGAUAAACGUUGUAAAUUAAUGUCAGCUAGUGAAAUAUUAAGUUCAACAAGUCGUCAAGAAAGAGCAAUGAAUGUAUUAAAUAAUAAUGAAACAUUAGGUACACCAUUUACAUUAUCACCAGAAGAUAUUUAUUUAGCUGGUGAAAAAAAUAAUGAUAAUCGUGAUCGUUUAAAUUUAGCAUUUUUAGCAACAUUAUUUAAUAUGUAUCCUGGAUUAGAUACUAGACGUGAUGAUUUUAUUAUAGAAGGUGAAACAAUUGAAGAAAGAACUUAUAGAAAUUGGAUUAAUUCACUUGGUGUUAAACCAUAUGUUACACAUUUAUAUACAGAUCUUAGUAAUGGUUUAAUAUUAUUACAAUUAUUUGAAAAAAUUAAACCUGGUUCAAUUGAUUGGUCAUUAGUAGAUCAAGAUUUUGAUCCAAAACGACGUUUAUUUCAAGAAACUGGUAAUUGUAAUUUAGUCAUUGAUUCAGCUCAAUCAAUGAAUAUACGUUUUGUUAAUGUUAGUGGAAAAGAUAUACAAAAACGUGAUCGGAAAUUAGUAUUAGGUGUUUGUUUUACAUUAAUGCAAGCUUAUAUAUUCAAAUUACUACAUGAAGUUACACCAGGUGGUAUUGAUAUACCACAUGAUGAUCGUGAUAUAUUAACAUGGGUUAAUGGACAAAUGAAUGAAGCUAAAGCUAAACCAAUACAUAGUUUUAGAGAUCCUUCAUUAGCUACCGGUAUACCUAUAUUACAAUUAUUAGAACAUAUUAAACCAAAUUCAACUAAUAAAGAAAUAUGGUUAGGUAAUAAUGUAGAUGAUGCAUCUAUACGUCAAUAUGCUAUAUCAUGUUGUCAUAAAGCUGGUGCUAGAGUAUUUACAUUACCGGAACAUCUUGAAGAAUUAAAUGGUAAAAUGAUUUUAACAUUAUUUGCAUCAUUACAAUUAUUAUAUUAUAAUCUUAAACAAAAAGCUGAAAAUAAACAUAAUCGUAUUAAAAAUACAGAAUUAAAAUGGUUAAAAUUAAAUGAAGAUAAUAAUAAGAUAAAUGGAACAGAAUAAGAAAAAAAAAAGAAAAACAAAAAAAGAAAAACAAAAAAGAAAAACUUUUCUCUUAUUAAUCUUCAAUAACUGUUAGCUUUUCCUUUUUCUUUACGUUUCUUUAUCUUUUCUUUUCUCUCUUUUUUCUUUUAAAACACUGACAUUCACCAUUGAUCUUCGAUGACUGUUAGUUCUAUCCUUUCUUUACCUUUUUUUCUUUUCUUUUCUCUCUUUUUUCUUUUAAAACACUGACAUUCAUCAUUGAUCUUCGAUGACUGUUAGUUUUAUUAUUUCUUUUCUUUUCUUUCUUUUCUUCUUUCUUCUUUCCUUUUAAACAUUCAUAUUCAUCAUUGAUCUUCGAUGACUGUUAGUUCUACCCUUUCUUUGCCUUUUUUCUUUUCUUUUCUCUCUUUUUUCUUUUAAAACAUUGACAUUCAUCAUUGAUCUUUGAUUGUUAGUUUUAUUCUUUCUUUUCUCCUUUCCUCUUUCUUUUUAAACAUUCACAUUGAUCACUGAUCCUUAAUGACUGUUGGUUUUUUUCUUUUCUUUUCUCUCUUUUUUCUUUUUAAACAUUGACAUUCAUCAUUGAUCUUCGAUGACUGUUAGUUUUUAAUCCUUUCUUUUCUUUUCUUUUCUUUUCUUUCUUUUCUUCUUUCGUCUUUCUUUUUAAACAUUCACAUUGAUCACUGAUCCUUAAUGACUGUUGGUUUUUUUCUUUACUUUUCUUUUCUCUCUUUUUUCUUUUAAAACAUUGACAUUCAUUAUUAAUCAUCAAUGACGGUUAGUUUUAUCUUUUCUUUUCUUCUCUUUUUUUCUUUCUUUUCUUCUUUCUUUAUUUUUUCUUUUUAAACAUUCACAUGAAUAUAUUGUAAUUCAUAUUCAUUCUCAACAAAAAAAUAAUAGAAGAAAAAGAAGAGGAGGAAAAAAAAAGAAAGAGUCCAUUUUAUUGUUAAGGAUUGAAUGAAUCAAAUUGUUUAUAGAAAAAAAAAUUGUUUUUUUUUUAAAAUUUUUUUCUCUAAAAACACAAAAAAUAAAACAAACAAAAAAUUUAAUUGAUUUCUGAUGGACAUAAUUUUUUUUCUUCUGAUUUUGGUUACUAAGUGACUUUAUUUCAUUUUGAUAGAUCCCAUUGUUUAGUAAAGAAAAAAGAGGGAUACAAGUGAAAUCAAUAACUCACUUGUUUGAUAAUGUAACCUUCUUUCUUUUUUUUGUUUUUUUUUCCUUUUUUUUCUAUUCUCUUCAAAAAGGUAAACUUCAUUUGAAUUGUUUGUUUUUUUUUUUUUUUUUUGGUGAUAAAAUUAAUUAGCCAAAUAAAUUAUAUAUUUUUAUUAAACAAAUGAUUGUCAUUCUAAAUAUAGUUUUACAACAUAUUAUCUAGUAAUGAUACAUAGUCAUUAAAUCUGUCAACAUUAGCCCCUUUAAUGUCCUGGUACGGUGAAAAGUGGGUAGAUUCAGCACAGGAUGAUGAUUUCAUUGUAGUAUGGAACUUUACAUUAGUGAGUUUCUAUAAUCUAACAUGAAGGUUUUCAAAACUAGGACCUAUCAGUCAAAGAUGAAAAGGACAUCUAAUGCUUUCAAGUUCACUAGGAUGGUCUAGUUUACUAUAACUCAUUAAUUCAACUAAUAAAAUUAUUAGAAUCUUCAUUAAAAAAACUUCAUUCUGAUAUCCGUCACAAUAAACAUAUCGUAACUUUUGAACAACUAACUAUUCAGAGAAUAAUCAUAAUCAGAAUGUAUUUUGUGGAGA